AUGUUGUUCUCAUUCGCUCUAGCGAUGUUUCCACAUCCAGCCAGCGUAUUGGUCCUUGGGCUGGGCCUUUGUGUGUCAGGAGUCAAAGACAGAUGCAGCUGCACAAAAUCGGGGUUGGAGUGCUUUUUUGACAGCACCUGCCCUGGUCUUGGAUGUGGAGCUGAAGGGCAGCCUCACUGCAGGUAUUGCGGAGAUCCUAAGGGCGUGUAUGGUGCUUGCCCCAAACUUGGAGUGCAUGCGAAGCAGGCGAAGCCCCAGGCCGAUUCAGAGCUCACAGGCAGCCUUGCAAGUGCAGCAGCUGUGGCGAACACCGCCGAACCCAAAACUGUCCCGAAGGCCAAUGCCGGGCUUAGCAGCUCAAUGCUGAAGAAAGCUUUUGAUAUUGAUGUCUUCCGCUGCAUGGCGGCUGCUGGAGUUGAUACACAUCCAAUGGAGGACGAUGACAUUGCCAGUCUUGAUGGUGCCAUCAAGUAUGUGCACACAGAAAUCCUAACAGAGCACUUGCAGAACCCCAUCAGGGACACCCGCAAGUACAACAUAGAUGUAGUCACUCGCCAUCGCAUGAAGGUCCUCAAUCCGGAUACCAUUCUCGGCACGCCGCACGCAGUGCAAGGGGAGUUUGGCCAGUUUAUCACGUAUGACUUUGGGAAGGCAACCAACCCAGAUCAGAUGCCUAUAAUCCAGGAACAGGGCGAUUUUGUCGGAAUUCAACCUUGCACAGACUUGCAGUGUGAUCCGCGGUAUAUUGCCUGCAAACCCUAUGCAUGGCUAUCCUUGGGCAACUGGUGCCCAAACUUAUCCUGGGACAAGAAGGGGACCAAGAAGAAACCCAAUCCGCAUUGCUUGAAGACUGUCCACGGAAAUUUCACCAAAGGAGGUCUUUGCGAGCAUGGUUUCAAUGGCAAUGGCUUUCUUCCAGGCUCGAGCCCAACUGGGGACCCAGGAUGUAUCUACACUUAUGGUGCUGCCACCUUUGUAAGACUUGACGAUGUGGUUGGGAUCACAAGCGAGUAUUGCGGCAAGAGCCAUUGCAAAGACUGGUUGGAUUUCCGGUUCAACUGUAGCAACCGGGAACGCUAUGCGCGCAAGUUCCUCCCGGAUGGGCAGAUUGAGAAAGUCAGCUACUGUGUCGAGUUUGAUAUGCACCCAGCAUGCGAAGCGAGCUGUGAGGCUCCCUCGUGCAAGGGUUUGCUGCAGAGUGGUGCCCCCGCGUACUUGGGAUUGCCAUUUUGGUAUGGUCGUUGCGACCCUAGGGCCAAUGAACGCCGAGUCGAGAUAGUCGCGCAUGCCUUGGGAAUUCCUGGCGCUUUGCACUCCCAUGUGCUGGUGGACACUGAUGUUUUGCAACGCGCUUGCCCCCCAUCGAUACAAAGUUGCAACCAAGAGGGGGUGUAUAAUGAGUCUGAAAGUUCACGUUGUUCGCACACUGGAGGAAAGCUUCGAGUUGGUCAUGUGUGCCAUCAGCUGCCCUAGGGUUUUCUGGUCCUUAUUGCCUCUUGGCUUGGUACUCUGCCAUGCUGUUUGCAGCAGCGACCGCUUUCCACAGAUGAGGCACCCGAAGGUACAAUGGAGUUUGUGACCGGUGCUGGAUACCAG